AGGUAAUAGCAGCAGGCAGUUUCAUCAGAGACGAGCCGAGCUGGAGUCGGUGCCGUUACUGGAUUGCUCAAUGGUUGUGUCACCAGGAGGCUGGACUGCUCGGGCGGAGUGUUUGAGCUCAGAGCUCAACAUCAUAGGAGCUCACUCACUCUCUGCCUCUCUCUGAGUGCGGGGCGGUCUGUCUAUCUGUCUUUCUCUCUGUCUCUGGUGCUGUCUACCCCCCACCCCCACCCCCUCUCUCUUUCAGUCCGUAUUUCUCACCAGAAGUACAGUACACAGACCUCAGAGCCACGGGCAUUCGCUCUCCAAAAGGACGCAGGUUGGAUUAUUACCAAAAACGCACCGUGACUGAAUCCGCAGAAGUUUCAUUUAUAUCUCAACUAGUAUGAGUCUCACAUGGAUGGAGCGCACUGUUUGCAGUUUAUUGUAACCAUCACAUCCUAAACAAGUCAGGGUCUCGUUAGUUGCUUUCAUGGUGAAUCAGUCAAUCAGGAUGAACUUGCAGUGGAGCAGCCCAGCACCCUGCAUUCGCACCGGUAGGGUCGCGCACAAGGGGCUGGACUCAGACGAUCAACCGCUGGCUAAAUGCGCAAGGCUGAGCGGGGAGGCGGGGGACACACACGGACUCCUCGCCACCUCUCCCGGGUCCCCGGCCAGGCUGGUCUCAAUCCCUGGCCCGGCGACCCACCAGGGACCGUCCAGGAUAGGACCGUUUCUGCUUCUACCUCUGACGGACCGGGAGAUCACGCACAGCGCGAUGAACACCGACACUGGCGGCGAGCUACUGUGCAAGGUCUUUAAUAUGGGGGUCUACCAAGAAAAGAUCAGAGCCUAUGGGAUCCUACCUGCCCAUAGGAAUGUGGCCGGCGUCAAGGACAUCAUCCUUGGUGAACGCAAGGCCUACGUGUUUCUGGACAAGGACUUUGGGGACAUGCACACCUUGGUGAAGAGCUGUCGCAGGCUUGAUGAGGAGCACGCCUGCAGGCUUUUCCGUCAGGUGGCUCUGGCGGUGGCACACUGUCAUCAGUCUGGCAUCGUGCUGGGCGACCUCAAACUGCGCAAGUUUGUCUUCGCUGAUGAGAAAAGGACUCAGGUGAAACUAGAAAGCCUCGAAGACUGCCACGUCCUGGAAGAUCCAAACGACGACUCCAUAUCAGACACCCACGGCUGCCCCGCUUACGUUAGCCCAGAGAUCCUCAACGGAUCUGCGCCUUACUCCGGCAAGAUGGCCGAUAUGUGGAGCCUGGGUGUCAUGCUGUACACCAUGCUGGUUGGCCGUUACCCCUUCCAUGACCCGGACCCGGCCACGCUGUUUUCAAAAAUCCGCCAAGGCCAGUGCUGUGUGCCAGAGGGCCUGUCACCCAAGGCCAAGUGUCUGCUCCAGAGCCUACUGAGGAAAGAACCCUGGGAGAGACUUACAGCGAUGGAGCUGCUCGCGCACCCUUGGUUCCACCAGCCACUGUCACCACAAGAAGUGGCAGUGGGUGAACAGGAAGUGAGCUCGGCGGAACAGAUGGUGCCAACCUUCGAUGUGGAAGAGGACAGUAAUCUGUUCUGCUGAUGGAUACGACUCAGCUGAGUCUAGCUGAGGGACCAAAACAAAAUCCCAUUGAUGGAUUCAUUGUUAUUUUGUUUGUUUUUUACAUUGGCACUUUUUAGAAACUCAUUUGUGUUCUGUUGUGUGUACAUACACCCUGAAGCUUUCUACAAAAACUUACUGUACUGUACUUUGUUGUCGUAUAUGUGUUACUAGCAAAGGGCAUUGUUCACAAUGAUCAUUCAUUGUGUUUCUACAUGUUUUUGAAAUUAUCUGGUGCUAAAAGAAGUAAAAAGAACUCCAAACUUGCCACAUUAUAUUAACAGAAUAACCUCUGCUGGCUACUAUGAAUAUGAGUAUCACAGAAAUUUAAAACCAUGGCAAACUUGCUCUCAGCCUGGACUCGCAAGGCUUCAGAAAUCAUUAGAGGAAUCCUGAAGGUGAGGCAACCAGGAUGUUGUCCCUGUCACUCCUGUGACCAGGCUGGAGGCUUCAAUGGCUGACUCAUCGAAUGGCUUGCAGAAGGCCUAGCACAAGCUUGACUUUUUGCAGCAGGCACUGACAUAGAGUGAGAAAGAUGCUUAGCAGCGGACUGAUGUGUCACACUCAGCAAGACGCUAUGGAGAUGUCUCCCUGCCAAUCUGGCAAUGUCUCAGCGAAUGGAAAGCAUUUACAAAUCUCACACCAUGUGCAGAAGGUUGAGAAAGGCAGGGUGUUACUGGUGUAAGACUCACAGCAAAGUGGGAAGAGUUUGUCACACGCUCACUCAACAAAAAGCAAUGACAUUGGAGUCUUUGUAAAUAGUGAACGGAGAAAGCUACAUCUCAGAAAUGUCCUCAUUUUAAAAUCAAAUCCUUUACCAUGCUCGAAGCUGAUUCUUUAUAAAGCCUCUGGCCCUGCUAAAUGCACUGCGAACAAUCGGCUCUUCAGAAAGGCUGUGUGUGCAACUAGCCACACCUAAACCUGACAUUAAAGUUUCUGGUUUCAAAAUAAAUGCUGGGAGCAACUGUUUUAAAAACUCAGUCACAUGCCUUAGCAGAAACAGAGACAGGAGAUGGCUGGAUACGUCUUCAGCUUGAGGGCUUGCUACAGUAGGACUUCAGUGGAAAAAGGAAAACUUCAGAGAAUUCAAAUGGUACCUCCCACUAAUGCGACAUGCUUUUUCUGUCAAUCCAACAAUGUUUAUAUUUCUAAGAAAGGUGUCUAUCCUGUUAAGGAGCCACCAAAUCAGAAACAUAUUACAGAAAAAAAAAUUUGUUGAGCAAUUGAACCAGUUUUGCUCAUUUCUAGAACAUUGUUAAGCUGAGUUGCCUCUACAAUGUCGAGCUGUGUUGAGUGUUGUGCCCGUAUCACUGUGUUUCAUAAACUGAAUGGCUCUGAAGUAGUCAUAGUCAUGCAAUAUUUGAUGUUGGUUGUCAGGUGAUGUCAACACUUGAGUGAGUCUGCAGAGAACGAUCCUGACCUUGGCUGGAAGAAUCUGUUCUGACUGUUUCACCUCCUCAGUGGUGUCCCCCUGUCAUGAUUAUUUUUUUUUGCUGUUGAACGCUGUGGAUCCAUGGAAGAGUUGCCAUAAUAAAAGAUCUUUUAUCUUGGAUUGUGGCAGAUGGAUGCAGCAUUUCAGUAACAGUUCUGCAGCCCAGCUACUUUGUUCUGGUACAAGAAUUGUGACAUUGAUACUGAAUCUGGCAGGUCUGAGGAUAGCUGCUAUGAUUUUGUUCCGGGUUCAUACAUGUAGAGUGAGUCACAAGUUCAUGUGACACGUAGAGUACACUGACACGGGUGCACAAACUUCAUAUUGCACUGUGAAUUAUGUAUUUGUGACACAGCCUAGAGGCUAUUAUUAGUCCAGACGGGUUACACACAAGAGUUGUAUUCGUUGUACAAAAAAUGUAAAUAUGUAUAUUUGAAAUGUGUGUGCAGAUGUUGA